GCGCCGAUAGCCGAGUUCGCAGCCAGAUUCAGGAGCUCGAGAACUGGAGAGCCCAACAACGGGGCACCAGCACUAUCGAUGCUCUCCCUGCGAGCUCGCCGGCCGCGGCCUCGAUCGAACAGAUGGACGAGACUGGCCUCGGCGCCCUGGAGGGCCACUGCGAGGCGCUGGACAUCUGGUUCGAAGAGUCCGGCAGAA